AUUUAAUGUUGGUGAUGAUUGUCCAGUUUUUGAUGGUUUAGCUGAAUUUUGUAAUAUUUCAUGUGGUGGAUCUAUGGAAGGUGCUGCCAGAAUAAAUAAUGGUACUUGUGAUAUAGCUAUUAAUUAUGCUGGUGGAUUACAUCAUGCUAAAAAAUCCGAGGCUUCGGGAUUCUGUUACUUGAAUGAUAUAGUUUUAGCCAUAAUUGAGUUAUUAAGAGUACAUCCAAGAGUUCUUUAUAUUGAUACUGAUGUUCAUCAUGGUGAUGGUGUAGAAGAAGCUUUCUAUACUACUGAUAGAGUUAUGACAUGUUCCUUUCAUAAAUUUGGAGAAUUCUUCCCUGGUACUGGUAAUUUAAAUGAUAUCGGUAUAGGAAAAGGAAAAUACCAUGCGGUCAAUGUUCCUUUAAGAGAUGGGAUUGAUGAUGCCUCAUAUAGAUCGAUUUUUGAACCAAUAAUUCUGAAAAUUAUAGAAUGGUAUCAACCUUCAGCCAUAGUUUUACAAUGUGGGGGUGAUUCAUUGAGUGGUGAUAGAUUGGGUCCAUUCAAUUUAUCAAUGAGAGGCCAUGCCAAUUGUGUAAGAUUUGUUAGAUCAUUUAACCUUCCAAUGAUGGUUGUAGGUGGAGGUGGAUAUACCAUUAGAAAUGUUGCACGUACAUGGGCUUUUGAAACUGGAUUAUGUAAUAAUGUAAUAUUACCAAAAGAAUUACCAUAUAAUGGAUAUUACGAAUAUUAUGCUCCAACAUAUGAAUUAGAUGUUAGAUCAUCCAAUAUGAAUAAUGCCAAUUCUCCAGAAUAUUUGGAUAGAAUUUUAACUAAUGUAUUAUCUAACUUAGAUAACACAAAACAUAGUCCAUCAGUACAGAUGAAUGAAGUACCAGCAUCAUGGAAUUUUGAUGAUCUACUCGCAGAAGAUGAAGAAAAUGACUUGGAAGCUAUUGAUACGAAGGGUGGAUCUCAACAGGCUCGUAAUAAAAUCAUUCAACCUGAGAAUGAAUUCUACGACGAGGAAGAUGCAGAUAGAGGAGAAAAGAAUAUAGACAUUCAAAGUCGUAAUGGCAAUAGUAAUGGUAAUGGAAAUAGUAAGGCUAAUGGCAAGAACACUGUAGCUGAAGUACCAGCAAUAACUAUCAACUCCGAACAAAAAGUACAUGAAAGCACUGCUACUAAUAAUGAGAACAGUAACGUCACACUAACUGAUGAAGAGAUGAAUGAGAUUGAUAAGUUAAACGAUGAAGUGUCAGAAGAAGUGUAAAAUGUAAUCUAAAAAUUAAUAGUAACGAACUGUAUAUAUUAAUAUAACAAUAAAAGGAUGUUUUAUAG